AUGUUGAUGACCAAUCGUGCCACCGGCGUGGUCCAAGAAAACAAUCCCCUGAUAGAUGAAGACUCGGCUCAGUUUGGGGAGCGAUUUUUCCGAACAGAGAGUGCGACGAAUUAUCAGAUGAGCGUUUUUAGUGGAUUUGUAGGCAGAAAUACAAACACAGGAUGCCAUCCGAUUGUCCACACAGGUGGGGACGCGCUGAUCCAGAUUGCGGACAACUUUACUCCAAUUCAUAUUACUGAGAUAGCAUUGACAUCGACCCACAAUUGGCUUAAUAUGAGGAGGAAACCGAUGAGUAGAAUGCUUGUAAAUCCUCAUGUCGAUGUGGUGAUACUCCUCAAAGAAAUAACGGAUCCUGAAAAAAAUGAUCAGUCGACGGAAAACAUGGUUGGCCGAAUGGUCUCCUAG